GAAACAAUACAGCAGGACUAGAUGAGAACCAUUGGAGGUAAUGAUUUAUUUAAUUUCUUUAAGAUAUGAAAUACUAAUUUGAAGAGUUUACCAAGUAUUUGCAAUGAAGCCUUCAUAUCAAAACAGCCUAAGGACCCAGUAUCUGCUGUUCUCAAUUCUGCUCUACAUAACUUGGGAGACGGUGAACGGCCAGGUCCAUUACUCCGUGCAGGAGGAAGCAAAACACGGUACGUUUGUGGGGCGCAUCGCAGAAGACCUGGGUCUGGAGGUCGGGGAGCUGGUGACGAGGCUAUUCCGGGUGGUGUCGAAGAGUCAUCGGGACUACCUGGAGGUAAAUGUGCAGAAUGGCAUUUUGUUUGUGAAUUCACGAAUCGAUCGUGAGGAGUUGUGCGGUUGGAACCCAGUUUGUAGCAUCUACCUGGAAGUGAUCGUGGAUAAACCGCUGCAGGUUUUCCAUGUGGAGGUGGAGAUUAAGGAUAUUAAUGACAACCCUCCUGUAUUCCCAGCGAAGUCUAAAAAUCUCUUUUUUUCAGAAUCCAGAACUCUUAACUCGCGUUUUCCGUUAGAGGGCGCGUCUGAUGCAGAUACAGGGUCUAACUCUCUGCUGAGCUAUAGGCUCAAUCCAAGUGAAUAUUUCUCUUUGGAUGUACAGACAAAUGAAGAACUGAGUCAAUCUCUGUCACUUGUGCUCAGGAAGGCUCUAGACCGAGAGGAAACAUCGAAGAUUGAUUUAUUAUUGAUCGCUACAGAUGGGGGCAAACCCGAACUCACUGGCACAGUUCAUUUGCGCAUUAAAGUGCUGGAUGUGAAUGAUAAUGAACCGGAGUUUGACCAAACACUUUAUAAAGUCCGCUUACUAGAAAAUACAACAAACGGAACAUUGGUGAUCAAAUUAAACGCUUCUGACGCAGAUGAAGGAUUAAAUAGCGAGAUCACCUAUUCAUUCAGUAGUGACGUUCCCUUGACUGUACACAACAAGUUCAAAAUAGAUCCUAGUACUGGGGAGAUUAGAAUUAAGGGAGAAUUGGAUUAUGAAGAAGAGAAAUCAUAUGAAAUCCAGAUUAUUGCUUUCGAUAAGGGAACUCCACCAAUGUCUGGCCACUGUAAAAUCUUAUUGAAAGUUCUAGACAUCAAUGACAACGCCCCCGAGGUAACAGUGACCUCGAUAUCACUGCCGGUCCAAGAAGACGCUCCGUCUGGCACAGUUAUUGCCCUCAUCAGCGUGUCCGACCGUGAUUCAGGUCUCAACGGGCAAGUGACUUGCUUGCUGUCACCACAGCGACCCUUCACGUUAGUGUCCACCUUCAGGAAUUACUAUUCAGUAGUGUUGGAAGGCUCAUUGGACCGCGAGAGUGUGCCUGAUUAUGAACUAGUUGUAACUGCAAAGGAUGGAGGGACACCAGCCCUUUGGGCCAAGGUCAGCUUGUUUGUGGGCAUUGGCGACGUGAAUGACAACGCGCCUGUAUUCGAGCAGCUCGAGUACACUAUGUUUGUAAAGGAGAACAACCCGCCAGACAGUCACAUCUUCACUUUAUUAGCAUCGGACCCAGAUGCUCUGGAGAAUGCUCUGAUAUCUUACUUUCUGGUGGAACAACAAGUAGGGGAGCGUCCGCUGUCGAGCUACGUGUCUGUGCACUCAGAGAGCGGAAAAGUGUACGCUUUGCAGCCCCUGGACCACGAGGAGCUGGAGCUGCUGCAGUUUCAAGUGAGUGCCCGCGACGCCGGCUUCCCUCCCUUGGUCACCAAUGUGAGCCUUCAGGUUUUCGUGCUGGACGAAAAUGACAACGCCCCGGUUGUGCUGCCGCCUCAUACUGGUGUUAACCAAGUGACAGAGCUGGUGUCGCAGUCUGUAGCGGUGGGUCACGUGGUGGCGAAGGUCCGGGCUGUAGAUGCGGAUUCUGGAUACAAUGCGUGGCUGUGUUACGAAAUGCAGCCAGAGAUGGGUGCAGGUCGUAGCCCUUUCCGCGUGGGUCUGUACACUGGGGAGAUUAGCACUACUCGGGCGCUGGAGGAGUCGGACGGCCCGAGUCAGACGCUGUUAGUGUUAGUGAAGGACCAUGGGGAGCCCUUUCUGUCUGCCACAGCCACGGUGAUUGUGUCUUUAGUAGAGAGCGGAAUCUCAGUGAAGUCCUCUUCUGGGGUAGCCCGCAAGGCGGAGGUGGUGGGCAUGUCGAAAGGGAAGGUCUUGGAAGAUAUUAACCUCUACUUGAUCAUCGCCAUCUGCUCUGUAUCCAGCCUGUUGGUGCUAAGUUUGCUGCUGUAUGUGGCUCUAAGAUGCUCCACUACCUCUCAGAUUGUCUAUGGCUUCGGGAAGCCUCCACCAGUGUACUCCAGUAGAAUGAAUAGCUGGUCAUAUUCCAAGAAAGGGCAGAGGGUUUGCUCUGGAGAUGGGGUAAUCAAGAACGACCUCGUGGCCUUUAGUCCUAACUUCCCUCCCUCUUCUGAAGACAGAAGUCCACAGUUGGAAACAUGUUCUGGCCCCUCUUGUAAGGUGAGUUCAUACAUUGGAGUUUAUUUGUUAAUUGAUUGCCUCUCAUUCUUAUUUUAUCCAUAUUUGGGUGUUAAAAAGAAACAGGUGCCCAGUAUCUGCUGUUCUCACUUCUGUUUCACAUACCUGGGAGGGAGAAGCAGUCAGGUUCAUUACUCAUUGCCAGAAGAAUAGAAACACGGUACAUUUGGGGGGCAAAUCGCACAGGACUUGAGUCUGGAGGUCUGAAAGCUGGUGAUAAGGCUGUUCCAAGUGGUGUAGAAGGGCUGCAAGGACUAUUUGGAGGUAAAUGUACAGAAUGGCAUUUUGUUUGUAAAUUCACGGAUCGACAGUGAUGAGCUGUGUGGUUUAAAUCCAGUUUGUAGCAUCCAUGUGGAGGUAAUUGUGGACAAGUCCCUGCAGGUUUUCUAUGUGAGUGAAGUUCAAUUAAUGAUAGAUAAUCUGCUGGUGUUUUUGGCAACAAAGAAGCAACUGUUUAUUUCUGAAUCAGACACUAGGUUUCCACUAGAGGGAGCAUCCGAUGAUGAUGAUGAUGAUGAUGAUGAUGAUGGGGAAGUUAAUGCUUUGCUGACCUAGCUCAAUUCUAAUGAGUAUUUUUCUUUGGAUGCAAAGACGAAUGAUGAAUUGAAUAAGUCUCUGUCUCUUGUCCUUAAAUCUUUGGAUAGAGAGAAAAGCCAGGAACUUCCUUUAAUACCAAUUGCUAUGGUUUGGGGAAAGCCCAAGUUGAAGGGAAUGGUCCAAUUAUUGAUAAAGCUACUCAAUGUUAAUGAUAAUGCUCCAAAGUUUGAUCAAGAAAUCUAUAAGUCCAAUUAUUAA